AUGACGAUCGCUUACACUUGGUGGAAAGAUGCCACUAUUUAUCAAAUUUGGCCUGCUUCUUAUAAAGAUUCCAAUGGUGAUGGUAUUGGGGAUAUUAAAGGUAUUAUCUCAACCUUAGAUUAUCUUAAAGAUUUAGGUGUAGAUAUUAUCUGGUUAAGUCCUAUGUAUGACUCUCCACAAGAUGAUAUGGGAUACGAUAUUAGUGAUUAUGAAUCCGUUUAUCCAAAAUAUGGUACUUUAGAUGAUAUGCAAACAUUAAUUGAUGGUUUACAUUCUAGAGGUAUGAGACUUGUUUUAGAUUUGGUCAUUAACCACACUUCCAGUGAACAUAAAUGGUUUAAAGAAUCAAGAUCAUCAAAGACAAAUCCAAAGAGAGAUUGGUACAUUUGGAAAGCUCCAAAAUAUGAUGCUGAUGGAAAGAGACAACCACCAAAUAAUUGGGGUUCACAUUUCUCUGGUUCCGCCUGGGAGUAUGAUGAAACUACUGACGAAUAUUACCUUAGACUUUUUGCACCAACUCAACCAGACUUGAAUUGGGAAAAUCCAAAAGUUAGAGAUGCUCUUUAUGAUUCAGCAUUAAAAUUCUGGUUCGAAAGAGGUGUUGAUGGUUUUAGAAUUGAUACUGCCGGUUUGUAUUCAAAAGACCAAAAAUUCCAAGAUGUUCCAAUUAUCUUUCCUGAUAAGACUUAUCAACCAUCUGAUUUAUAUACUCAAAAUGGUCCAAGAAUCCAUGAGUUCCAUAAAGAAAUGUAUUCUAAAGUCACUUCUAAUUAUGAUGUUAUGACCGUUGGUGAAGUUGGACAUUGUAGUAGAGAAGCUGCUUUAAAAUAUGUUAGCGCCAAAGAAGGUGAAAUGAAUAUGAUCUUCUUAUUUAAUGUUGUUGAAGUCGGUUCAGUCAGAGGUGAUAGAUUUAAAUACAAUGGUUAUAACUUAAUUGAUUUUAAGAAAGCGGUUGAAGAUCAAGGAGCUUUUAUUGAAGGAACAGAUGCUUGGUCUACUGUCUUCAUUGAAAAUCAUGAUCAACCAAGAUCAGUCACCAGAUUCGGUAAUGGAAAACAUCAUAAUACUUCCGCAAAAUUAUUAUCAUUAUUGCAAACCACUCUUACUGGUACUUUAUUCAUAUAUCAAGGUCAAGAAAUUGCCAUGACUAACCUUCCAAGAUCUUGGUCUAUUGAUGAAUAUAAGGAUAUCAAUACUGUUAAUUAUUACAAGUAUUUCAAAGAAGCUUAUGGUAAAGACAAAGACUUUGCUGAAAAGGAAAAGGCUCUCAUGGAUGUCAUUGAUCUUGUUGCUAGAGAUCAUGCAAGAUCUCCAGUUCAAUGGGAUAGUUCUGCUUAUGGUGGAUUCUCUACUGCUGAACCAUGGACUAGAGUUAAUGACAACUAUAAAGAAAUCAAUGUUGCUUCCCAAAUCGAUGAUCCAAAUUCAGUCUUAAACUUCUGGAGAAAAUCCUUGAAAGUCAGAAAGCAAUUCAAAGAUUUAUUAAUAUACGGAUCAUUUAAAGUAUUGGAUUAUGAAAAUGAAAAAGUAUUCACUUACUUAAAAUACCAAUCUGAUCCAGAAUCUUCAUCUCCAAAGGCUUAUGUUGUAUUGAACUUCUCUACUGAUUCGGUUAAAUUUGACAAAUUGGUCGAUGGUAAGUUUGAAUUAGUUCAUUCUAACGUCUCAGACGUUGUUGAAGAUACCUUGACUCCUUAUGAAGAAAGAAAGCAUAGGGAAUACAAGCAAGUUAUGGAACUGCAAAACUCGUCUUACAAGUUAGACGAACGUUCGGCGAGAUUCUAUGAAACAUUGCGAGAAAAGGAGCUAAGGGAAGAAUUAGACCAAAAAAUCGAGGAGACUAACGAACUCGAUAAAUUCCGUAGAUUGAAAAGAGCUGUAAAUACGUCCAGUGCCAAAGUGGAGAAACCAGUUCUGUCAAAAGUUUCCAUUUCUAUUUCAAGAGGAGUUGUAAAUACGAAGAUUGGGAAAUUACCAAAAUCUAAGCCCUUUAGUACAAGUACAAGUACAAGUACAAGCACGAAUUCAAAUUCUCAAAAUAAUUCAAGUAAUAAUUCUCCAGGUAACAGUUCGCCCGAGAAUAAGCCUCAAGGUUCGCUUCUGGAAUUGAGACUGAAACGGCAAGAUACCCCACUAGAUCUCGUUAGUGGGUAUUCUUCCGAUGACGGGGAAGAGGGGGGAUAG